AUGAUUGGGCCAUAUGGCCACGAACACUGCAAUGCUGAUACCCUGCUGGCCGAAAAGACGCAGCCCACGCAACCUUUUUUGACUGAAGACAUCGAAUAUGAUGAGGAUGGAUUUGAAGAGGAUGCAUUUUCAGAUGACGCUGACGCUGUCGAAGUGAUAAUACCUGAAGGUCUCAAAGAAGGAGCUCUUUUCAUUGCCCUGGUCGGGAAUGAAGAGUUUGAAGUCACUGUUCCGCCUGGGCUCAAAGGAGGAGACACCUUAGCACUGGAUGUUCCAGUCAGCCAUAUGGCUGGACCAGAGGUGGACAGCCACGAUGCCGUCCCAAAUGGCAAAAAGAAAAUUCCGAAAAGACAAGUCAGUUUUACAGAGGAGGAGCCUUCAGUGGUGCUAUUUCGCCCUGAGCUUGGAGGCCUUGGAUUAACCAAACAACCCGAAACUGAAGAGAUUGAGACCUCUCCGCAGAUAAUGCAUGUAUUGGACAUAGUGAUCCCGCCGGAUGUGUCCCCUGGAGAUAUCUUGGAGGUUGAGUCAGACGCUGGUGAGAUGAUAGAAGUUGUGGUUCCGGAAGGCAUGGAACCCGGAAUGACACUGACGGUAGAGAGUCCAAUGAGCAAACAGACACAGACGGAUUUCAGGGGGGCAGCCCCCGAGCAACACAACCCACCAUCAGAAGAGGGAGUCCAACAAGAGACAAAGAAACAAACCGAAGCUGAUUCUUCACCGAUGGCAGCAGUAGAGGUGUCUGAAGAUGUUUUUGCUGGAGACGUCUUGGAAGUGGAAUCCCCAGAAGGAGAGAGGAUUGAAGUUGUGGUUCCCGAAGACACCGAAACUGGAAAGACGCUGACUGUUGAGAGUCCAAAAAGCAAACAGACCCUAAUGGAUUUCGGUGGGGCAGCCCGCGAGCAAGACAAAGUACCAUCAGAGGAGGCAGUCAAACAAGACACAAACCCUCCUGAAAAGCCGUCAGAUUCCCCUCCACUGCUAUCAGUAGUGGUGCCUGAAGAUGUUUUUGCUGGAGACGUUUUGGAAGUGGAAUCCCCAGAAGGAGAGAGGAUUGAAGUUGUGGUACCUGAAGACACGGAAGCUGGAAAGACGCUGACUGUUGAGAGUCCAAAAAGCAAACAGACCGUGAUGGAUUUCGGUGGGGCAGCCCCGGAGCAAGACAAAGUACCAUCAGAGGAGCCAGUCAAACUAGGCACAAAGGAAAGAACCCAAAGAGACCUCCCUCCUGAAAAGCCGUCAGAUUCCCCUCCACUGCUAUCAGUAGUGGUGCCUGAAGAUGUUUUUGCUGGAGACGUCUUGGAAGUGGAAUCCCCAGAAGGAGAGAGGAUUGAAGUUGUGGUUCCCGAAGACACGGAAGCUGGAAAGACGCUGACUGUUGAGAGUCCAAAAAGCAAAAAGACGCAGAUAGAUUUCGGUGGGGCAGCCCCGGAGCAAGACAAAGUACCAUCAGAGGAGCCAGUCAAGCUAGGCACAAAGGAAAGAACCCAAAGAGACCUCCCUCGUGAAAAGCCGUCAGAUUCCCCUCCACUGCUAUCAGUAGUGGUGCCUGAAGAUGUUUUUGCUGGAGACGUCUUGGAAGUGGAAUCCCCAGAAGGAGAGAGGAUUGAAGUUGUGGUUCCCACGGACACGGAAGCUGGAAAGACGCUGACUGUUGAGAGUCCAAAAAGCAAACAGACGCAGAUAGAUUUUGGUGGGGCAGCCCCCGAGCAAGACAAAGUACCAUCAGAGGAGCCAGUCAAACAAGACACAAACCCUCCUGAAAAGCCGUCAGAUUCCCCUCCACUGCUAUCAGUAGUGGUGCCUGAAGAUGUUUUUGCUGGAGACGUUUUGGAAGUGGAAUCCCCAGAAGGAGAGAGGAUUGAAGUUGUGGUACCUGAAGACACGGAAGCUGGAAAGACCCUGACUGUUGAGAGUCCAAAAAGCAAAAAGACGCAGAUAGAUUUCGGUGGGGCAGCCCCGGAGCAAGACAAAGUACCAUCAGAGGAGCCAGUCAAACUAGGCACAAAGGAAAGAACCCAAAGAGACCUCCCUCCUGAAAAGCCGUCAGAUUCCCCUCCACUGCUAUCAGUAGUGGUGCCUGAAGAUGUUUUUGCUGGAGACGUCUUGGAAGUGGAAUCCCCAGAAGGAGAGAGGAUUGAAGUUGUGGUUCCCACAGACACGGAAGCUGGAAAGACGCUGACUGUUGAGAGUCCAGUGAGCAAACAGACGCAGAUAGAUUUCGGUGGGGCAGCCCCCGAGCAAGACAAAGUACCAUCUGAGAACCAAGUUGGGCAAGGCAGAUCGGAUAAGACCAACGAAGCUCCACUCCAAACUGAAAUUCUUGCAGAGAGUCAACAGAGCAAAGAGGCAGAGAUGAAACCAGAGGAAACAAUUUUUCUGAAACAAGACAAUCCAUUCGCACAAGAGCAAACACUACAAGAUGGAAAAGGAAGAUCCAAGUAA